AUGAACGUCUUCAACCAGAGCUCGAUUCAAGUUCCCACCGUUAACGACCUGGGUCUCGUAAUGGACGUCGGGUCGAAUGCCGCUGCAACGGGUCCACUUGCCAAGACAGACGAUCCACUACCACCGUGUAUCGCUGUCUCGCCAUCACUGUAUGCUGCCGACGAUGAGUCUCUGGAGCAGGAGGCCAGGGACAACUCGGCCACUCGCCUGAGAGCACAUUCGAAUAUGGAAGAAGAUCACUUUGGAGGUGAUCGGGCCGACCACACGGACUGUGUUACACCACAUAUCUACUCAACAAAGCCACUCUCACCUACGGGAGACUGCGAGGCGAUCGUGGAGGGGUCUUGGGACGUAAUGACCAAGGACACUUCUGGCGCUACAGCAUGGAAGAUGAGAACAACGACGAGGAACUUCCCUCUCGGCGGCAUCUUAAACUCCCACUUGCUGGCAAGCCCACACUUUGAGAGACCCCACGCGUCGAUAACGGGUGCAUUCAGCAUCGAGCCAUUCAGGCCCGAGCUGACACGAACAGUAGGCAGGCCAUCGAAGGCUUAUAUCAACCUGAUGGACGUCGGCAACUACGAGGAUAUGCCGACUGAACCUCCUCCGUCCACGGUCAUGCAGCAACAAGCGGCAACUCACUUACCCUUUGAGACGACGGCACUACUUCAGGUCGACCUCGGCGAUGCUGAGGUCAGCUCCAGUCAGUCCGUGGCUGUCCGCCGCGAGGCACAUACGAUGUAUGAAUGCUACCCGACAACCUCAUUGCCUUCGCAGUAUUGGCCAUUCACUAUCAUGGCUGCGACGGCACCUUCGGAAAUUCAUGCUCACGUUCGUCCCGACGAGGCGUACUCGCCAACCCAUUCAUCUACACGUGCAACCUCCUUACCAUCAUCUGACGGCUCCGAACCCGAUACAGGCCCGCAAAAGCCGACACCGGCAAACCUGCACCAGGUGCAUGGAUUCGAAGAAUGCAUGGUCAUCGCCACCGAGACGGCCUCGUCGACUGGGGAGGAGGGGGAGAAGAGCUUCAGCGAGCGAAACUGGGCGGCGACAGACUUGUUGAACGUACCCCUAUGCUCUCAUCCGUGUGAUGACGGACCUCCGCCAUCACUGUUUCCACCGGAGAGCGUGGACGCAGUGCUCUCAGUCUUCCAUUCUUCAUCGCUGGACUCGAAUGCCGGGAGGAAGACCAACGCCGGGAAGAAAGGGAGGAGACGCGAAAGAAAGCCAUGGUCGCGUCGAUCCAACAUGACGGAGACAAAUUGCGCACAAUGGAAGCCAAACGGCGUCCCGGUCAUUUUGCAGCGAUCUAUUCGUUUGGAGGACGGGGGCAAUUGA